AUGACCACCGAAGCUCCGAGAUCCCCAUGCUGCUGUGGAAUGAGCGCUCAAGCUGCACCAGAAAUGAUCCAGACUUCUCCUGAACCAAUCCAAGCAGCUCCCGUACGAGGACCAUGCUGCUGUGGACAGACUCAAGACGCUCCAAUUACUGAGGCCCCGACCACAAUAUCUCCAUGCCAAAUGAAAAAGAUUGCUGCACCGGUAGUUGCACCAAUGCCAGUUCAGCCUGCACCAAGGACAAUCCAAACUGCACCAAGACCAAUCCAAACAGCGCCAAAGCGAAUCCCCGCCAGAAAGCCAGUUCCAUAUGUUCCUCGACCAGUUCAGCCUCAGCCUCAAACAAGAAGAGCUAGAAUUGCACCAAGACCCAUGGGACAACCUAGACAUCAGGCAGCUGCUCCUUCAGCACAGUGCCCCGCCGGCUGGAAGCAGUAUGGAUCAUCGUGCUACUAUGUAGAAAUGGAGAAGAUGGAUUAUCAGACUGCUGAGAGAAGGUGUAUGGAAAAGGGUGCAACUAUGUUUGGUGCUGACAGUAUCAUGGAAUAUGUAAGUCUUGGAUACGUAUCCCUACCGUACUCAUACUGUAUCCUUAUCGUACUCUCCAAUUUUUUACAGGAAGAAGUGAUGUACAUCACCCCACUCUUCUACUGGUCAUGGAUCGGAGUUGUUCGUCAGCAUGACAACAUGCCAAUCCAGUUCGCCAAUGGAGCUCUUGAUACAUCCUCCAUAAACUGGCUCUUCAAGACUGGUCCACCAACUCAAAACGGUUGGUCACCGACCUUUAAUUGCGCUGCCCAUUACAACUCAGGCACCACCUCGACCAACUACGUUUACUUCUAUCCAUGCAAUUACGCUUACCAUUCGAUUUGUAAGAAGAGGUUGUACUAA